GCGAUCCCCCGUGUAAGAGUGAGGUGGAGGAGGACGCUCCAGGAGAUGUCACCACAGGAAAUCUCAGUAAGAAUUCUGAAGGAAACUUCAUGUUAUCACUAGAUCAUAAAGUAGAAGAUGAAGAUAUCAUGCAGCGCUCCUCAGGAGAAAACCUCAUUACCCUUAUUGUACAUCCAAGACCUCACAAUACAGAUCUAUCAUAUAAUCCCUCUGAUCAAGAGAAACCUUCUCCUGACCAAUCACAGAUUGUUACCACAAGUACAGGUCAGAAAGGGGGUGAAAGAUUUCACUGUGGUAAAGAGUCCACAAAAGGCUCAGUUCUUUCUAUACACAAAGGAAUUCACACAAUAAAGAAGCUAAACUCCUGUUCAGAAUGUGGGAAAGGCUUUCGAGAAAAAGCACAUCUUAUUGUACACGAGAGAUGUCACACAGGAGAGAAACCAUAUUCAUGUUCAGAAUGUGGGAAAUGUUUUACACGGAAAUCACAUCUUGUUACACAUGAGAGAAUUCACACAGGAGAAAAGCCAUAUUCAUGUCCAGAAUGUGGGAAAUGUUUUACACAGAAAUCACAUCUUGUUAAACACCAGAGAUUUCAUACAGGAGAGAGGCUGUAUUCAUGUUCACUAUGUGGAAAAAGUUUUGCGCAAAAAUCUGAUCUUGUUAGACAUGAGAGAAGUCACACUGGAGAGAAACCGUAUUCAUGUUCAGAAUGUGGGAAAUGUUUUAAUGAUAAAUCAAAUCUUGUUGCACAUCAGAGACUGCACACAGGGGAGAAGCCAUACUACUGUUCAGAAUGUGGGAAAUGUUUUAUUACUAAAGCCAAACUUAGUCAUCAUCAUCUGAGAAGGCACACUGACGAGAAACCAUAUUCAUGUUCAGAUUGUGGGAAAUGUUUUAAUAAUAAAUCAAAUCUUGUUACACAUCAGAAACUACAUUCAAGGGAGAAGCCGUAUUCAUGGUCAGAUUAUGGGAAAUGUUUUAUUGCUAAAGCCAAACUUAGUCAUCAGAGCAGUCACACAGAGGAGAAUCCAUUUUGAUGUUCUGUAUGUGAAAAAUGUUUUA